AUGGGAAAAGUACCCAAGGUCAUGAUCGUCGGAGCAGGUCUGGGUGGACUCAUGCUCGCCAUCCUCCUCGAGCGCAUGGACGAUGUCGAGUACGAGAUCUUUGAGCGCUCCACUACCCUGAAGCCUUACGGUGCUGGAAUGAUCAUCGGACCAAACAUCUUGCCUGUGUUCGAGCAAUUGGGACUCUUGGAUGAGAUCACUAGGGUCUCGUUCCCACGCAAGUCGAUGGAUAUCUAUAAGGAAGAUCUCACCCUCAUUAGCUCCAUGCUCCAGGGAUAUGACGGUCUGUUGUUCAGUCGACCCCAUCUGCACAAACUGUUGCUGUCCAAGGUCCCUCCCGAAAAGAUCAAGUACGGAAAGAAGGUCCUCUCAGUUGGCCAGAGCGAGCACGGUGUCUUGCUCCGAUGCUCAGACAAAAGUGUGCACGAGGGAGAUAUCCUCGUCGGUGCAGAUGGCGCCUACAGUGCAGUCCGUCAGAGCAUGUACGAGCGUCUUCUCAAGGAGAAAAAGUUGCCUAAGAUCGAUACCCAGUCCUUGAACGUCGGAUACACCUGUAUGGUUGGCACCACCACCCCACAGGACCCCGAGGUCUACAAUGUUCUCAAGGAUGAUUUUUCCCACUUUGCGGUUGUCAUUGCUGAUGACAAACCCCACUCGUGGACCAUCAUCACCGUGCCUGGAAACCGUAUCGCCUGGGGAAUUGUUAUUCAGAUGUCGCCUGAAGAGAAGGACGCUGCCUUCCGCAACUCCGAGUGGGGUCCCGAGUCGCUCGGCGCGACCAUUCUUCAGGUGGAGCACCACAAGGUUCCAUAUGGAGGCACCUUAGGUGAUCUGAUCAAUGCUACCCCCAGAGAGCUCAUUUCUAAGGUUUACCUCGAGGAGAAGCUCUUUGAAACCUGGAACCACAACCGCAUCUGCCUGAUCGGAGAUGGUAACGAGAUUGACGGUUUACUUGAAUGA